CGUAGUAGUAGUAGUAGUACGUGAGAAAGCCAUAAUCACGUUGAAGCAUGAACAAAACGCAGAAACGAAAAGCGGGGAGGAAGAAGUUCCAGGAGACACGUCACCCAGUUUACAAAGGAGUGAGGCAGAGGAACGGGAAGUGGGUGUGCGAGCUGCGACAGCCCAACCACAAAAACGCGCGCGUCUGGCUCGGAACCUUCACGCGCCCCGACAUGGCUGCGCUCGCCUACGACGUUGCCGCGCUCGCCUUCAAGGGCGACAGCGCUUCCUUGAACUUCCCGCAUGCGGCAACCUCGUUGCCGCGCCUCAACUCGCGCACGUCUUCCGUCAGGGCCAUUCAGAAUGCGGCCACUCAGGCGGCCGAGAGCCAUUUUUUGAUGCCCACCGAGGUUUCCUCCCAGGAAGCUUCUGGAAGCUUCUUCUGGGACGAGGAGGAGGUGUUUAACUUGCCGGAGCUGUUGAACAGCAUGGCCGAGGCGUUGAUCAUGACGCCACCGGCUUUGCAGAAUGGCUUCAAUUGGGUUGCUGGGGAAAGUGAAACCACUGUGGAUUUGACUCUAUGGGGAAACUGAACUUUAAUUAGGUAAACCACUAAUAAACCCUAAAUCUAAAAGUACGCACACUCACACGCCAAUCACGUUCCACUCCAGACAGAUUAAUUUCUAUACUUUCAUACUGUAUCAAGCAUUCAAGUGUAUUAUUAUAUACAUGUUUACUGUAAACUCUCUUAUAAGGUGAUGUAAUAUUUACGGUAAAAAAAGUGUGAUCUCCAUGCCAACUACUGGAGGGAACUUCAAUUCUGUUGCAAAAUAUGUAUUUAAGAUGUAGUUCAUUAUAUAAACUGGAAGAAUGAGACACUCUGUAUUUAUUUAAAUUUGAAACAAUAUAAUAAAAGUUAUGGAAUGGAUGAUUUGUAGUGUGAGAGAGGGAUUUGAUGGUAGUAUGAGGAUAAAAAUGUCUCAAAAAGGUGUACUCUAGAAUGAGUGUAUCGCUACUAAAUACAGUAUUGUUAUAAUUGUAAAU